AUGUCUGCCGAGGAGGAUCUCAUCGACUACUCCGACGAGGAGCUUCAGACCACUGAGCCCACCGCCACCACCACUGACGCCGCCGCUGCCAACGGUGACGCAAAGAAGGCAGAUGGCGCCGCCCCUGCUGCAGGCGCUGCCACCAAGGGCAGUUACGUUGGUAUCCACUCGACUGGUUUCCGUGAUUUCCUGUUGAAGCCCGAGCUUCUUCGCGCCAUUACCGACUGCGGUUUCGAGCAUCCUUCGGAGGUCCAACAGGAGUGCAUUCCUCAAGCCAUCCUCGGCAACGAUGUUAUCUGCCAGGCCAAGUCCGGUUUGGGAAAGACUGCCGUCUUCGUCCUCGCAACUCUUCAACAGAUGGAGCCCAUUGAGGGUGAGACCUCGGUCCUGGUUAUGUGCCACACCCGUGAGCUCGCCUACCAGAUCAAGAACGAAUACGCCAGAUUCACAAAGUACAUGCCCGACGUCAAGACCGCCGUCUUCUACGGUGGUACUCCCAUGCAGAAGGACAUUGAGCUCCUCUCCAACAAGGAGACUCACCCUCACAUCAUCGUCGCCACUCCCGGUCGUCUGAACGCCCUCGUCAGAGACAAGAAGCUCCGCCUCGGCAACAUCCAGCGCUUCGUCCUCGAUGAGUGUGACAAGAUGCUCGACCAGAUUGAGAUCUUCCGUGCCACCCCAACACAGAAGCAGGUUAUGAUGUUCUCGGCCACUCUCUCUCAGGAGACCCGUCCCAUUUGCAAGAAGUUCAUGCGUAACCCUCUGGAGAUCUACGUCGACGACGAGACCAAGCUCACCCUCCACGGUCUUCAGCAAUACUACAUCAAGCUUAGCGAGGCUGAGAAGAACCGCAAGCUCAACGACCUCCUCGACGAGCUGGAAUUCAACCAGGUCAUCAUCUUCGUUAAGAGCACUCUCCGUGCCACCGAGCUCGACAAGCUUCUGCGCGAGUGCAACUUCCCCAGUAUCGCUGUCCACUCUGGUGUCUCCCAAGAGGAGCGGUACCGCUACAAGGAGUUCAAGGAGUUCAACAAGCGUAUCUGUGUCGCUACCGACGUCUUCGGUCGUGGUAUCGAUAUCGAGCGUAUCAACCUUGCCAUCAACUACGAUCUUCCUGGUGACGCCGACUCCUACCUUCACCGUGUCGGUCGUGCUGGUCGUUUCGGUACCAAGGGUCUCAGUAUCUCCUUCGUCAGCAGCGAGCAAGAUCAGGAGGUUCUCAAGACUAUUGAGAAGAGAUUCGAAUUCCCCGAGGGCGGUAUCGACUCCAAGAGCUACAUGGCCAACUAA